AUGGUUUCUGCUGCUGCCCACCUUGUUGUCGCACUGCAGUUGGUACCUGCCUAUGCCAUCGCAAUCCACAUGCAUGAAGGAAAGACCGAAAAGAUGAACGUCGCCAAGGCUGGCCUGAGAUUGAUGAACAGGGCUGGCGUCACUCGGUAUCAGCACCACGAGUUCAAGCGGAACAAACACCCAGAUGGCAAGUUCUAUUGGCCCGAUUCUGUCAACCGAGAUGGGCAGGCGGUCUACUCUGGCCCGUCGGACCUCGUGGACAACGUCACUUGGGGCUGGCACCACCCGAGCGGUGUCUACAACACCAUCCCGGUCGGCGCCCCCCUGAUCGACGACGAGCUGAACAUCUACGUCGGAUCCGACGACGCAAUCCGAAAAUUUGACAUCGUCGGCGACAUCAAGUGGAGCUACGCCCCCCGAGGUCAGCUGGCGUCGGCGCCCACCCUGGCCAUCGCCAGCACCCGCAGGCAGGCGGCCCGGCUAAAGGACGACAUGAGCGCCGAGGAGGAGCUGCAGCUGCGGCCGGACUGGGCCAAGCCUGGCAACGAGUCGUCAUACCAGUUCUUCAAGGACUUCAAAGUCGGCGACCUCGUCAAGGUGAAGCCUGGGGCAGGCUACAGAUCGGACGGCAAGCAGCACUACCAGGCUGGCGACCAGGGGUUGAUCUCCAGCGUCAUCGAGGACGGCGGCGAGGAUGGCAGGGCUGUCAUCGUGUGGACGCACACAGGGCACAAGAGCGUGGUGCAGCUCCACGCCCUGGAGAACCGCUUCGUGCGCGUGGAGGCGAAGAAGUCCACCACCUCGCCCCCUGUGCUGGUAGGGAGCACCACCGCUGGCUAUGUUUUCGCGAUCGAGCUCUUAAACGGAACGGAAGUCUGGGCAACCUGGGCGUCGAACGAUAUUUCUGGCGUCAAGGGGUCUGUGGCAGCUAAGGACGGAAUCGUGGUGGUCGCAACCGACCGGUGCGCUGACCGGUAUUGUUAUAGGUACCGCAAUAUCACGAAUCCCCUCCAGCCCGGCAAUUCAAUUGUGAGGGGCCUGAGUCUGGUGGACGGCAGUGCUGUCUGGGAAUUCAAGCCCACCUCUCCGGUGUGGAAUUUCAAUCCGCUUUGGGGCAACGACGGCAGCGUGAUGUUCCAGGACUACGAGGCGAGGGUAUAUUGCCUGGACCUGCAGACUGGCGCCCUGAGAUGGAAUUCCGCUGGCAGUUUUGGGACGCACACUGAGGCAACCGCAGUAUACAGCCCCGCUUAUAAUUUGGUGUACGCCCUCGGCGUCUAUCAAUAUGAAAAUAAAUAUUGCAAUCCCUACGUAGCACCCGGCAUCCUGGUGAAUUGCGAUACGUGGCCAGGUCUGCCUGGGUUUGUCCGCGCCUUUAACGCAACGUCAGGCAGGAAACGCUGGGAGGUUUCGAUGCCAGAGCCGCCGGCCAGCGCCUCCAUCGGUAUGCUGAACAGUCCAGCACUCCACACCCGCCUGGUGAUCACCAUGGGCUUCAACUGCCUCAUGAACUCCCCCACGCAGAUCUGGGCCCUCGACCCGCACAACGGCCACAUGCGCUGGAAGAAGGACGGCCCGACGCUGUGGAGAACGGAGUGCGCUGGCGACAAGGAGGGUGCCGACAUCCGCCGUGCCAUGGGCGGCCGCGCCAGGUGCCAACCGAACAGCUGGUCCAUACCAGCGAUCGAUGCGGCGGGUGACAUUUACGUUGGGAACCAGGUCGGCGAGCUGCAGAGGUGGGGCUCAUCUUCGGGGGGCGGGGCCAGAACCGUCGAGCUGCUCUCGUCUCUGUCCACCGGCCAGGCAUUCCAAGAUGCCGCAGUCGGAUUUGGCGAUGGUGUCAUGGCUGUGACCACGUGCACCUCCCUCAUUGUCUUCCAGACCUCUGCAGGACAGCAGACCUUCGGUCGGUGA